AUGAGUGCAAAAGUCCAGACACCAAUGCAAAAUGAGUACCCUGUGGAGGUAGACCAACCCGUGAAGGCGGAUGUUGCUGCUCCUGCUGCCGAUGAGGCUGCCGUCGCUGCUCCUGCCGCUGCUGAGGCCGUUGAGGCGGCUCCUGCUGCCCCUGAAGAGGCUCCAGAGUACCCUGUGGAGCCCAAGGCUGAGAGUCCUGUUGAUACCAGGACCAAGUCUCAGACGUCUGUUGAGGGCAGGAACAAGUCUGCGAGUGGAUCACUCCGCGAGCGUGACCCCGUGGAUGGCGCUAAUGAUGCGGAAGAGCGUCUUGCCCUUGCCCGAGCGAAGGCUGCAGCUGCGAAGAGCGCUGUGGCGGACCGUCGUGCCUCGAAUAGGUCCGUUGAUGCUGACUCCAUUCGCAGCGAGGGCGGCGCGAGUGGAGCACACGGUCGCGCGCGUCGUUCCUCGAGUGGGGCGCGCCGUGGGUCUAUCCGAAGCGUGUUUGACUCCGUGGACGAGGCGGAGGAGGCGCUGCGGGCGAUGGACGAGCGGGAGCGGGAGAUGGACGAGCGGCUGCAGGUGUACAGCGAGGUGGUGGGGCUGCGCAAGGAGCUGCGGGUCGUGCGGGACGACGCCAACCGCACGCGGGCGCAGCUGCAGCUCCUCUCACACGCCAGCAAUCAAGACGUCCCGUCGGCGGCGGAUCUCGCGGCCGCGGAGGAGGCGGCCGGCCGGUCGUCGGUCCAACAUCAAUGGACGGCCGCCUGCCGCCGCUUCCCGUGCGCCCCAGACGACGUCACCUCGUGGGCAAAGGUGCGGGUGGACGACUUGGUGCAACGCCUCGCCGCCGCGGAGGCGAAGUUCUACAAGGGAGAAGACGCCGCCGUGAAGCUGCUCUCCACACAGGAGGCAACUAUUAACGCCAACACAGACGCCAGAGACCGCGCAAAGGCAGAAUUGAACGCCAGCGUCGAGGAAGAAAUGAUGAAGCUCGCAGAGACACGAGACAGGCUCAGACAGGUGGAGCGCGAACAGUGGUUCCACAUCAAGCGUGGAACGCAUGUCAAGCAAAGACAGACACCAGCACGUGCAAGGAAGGAGGCCACACAACACCGCGCCUACCAGAGUGAGACCAAGGAGGUCGGAGAUGUCGUCCAGCUCGUCAAUGAACGCACCGAGCUUACAGAGCAGGUGCGCCAAUUCCGUCGCGCCCUCGAGGACAACAAGCACAGCUACAUGGAGGAACAGAAACAACUGGAGCAACAGCUUGAGGCAGCCGAAGAAAAUGGUAAGGACGCACGUGAAUUGCGGGAGCGCUUCGAGAAGGAGAAUGAGGAUCUCCGCAAUAUCAAGCAAGAUCUCCAGCGUGUGCUGCAGUACGUCCGCGUACGCAACCGUGAAGGAAUGGAGUAA